AUGGUAAAAUUAAAUACAUUGUUGUUGGCUGCAACAACAUUAUGCUCUACACUUGUAAACUCUCAACCAGUUCCACCAAAAUCCAAGACGUCCUUACAAUUUGUUACUCCACAAAACGAGAAAAGAUAUUACGAUUACGAUCAUGGAUCUAUUGGUGCUCCAAUCCGUGGUGUUAAUAUCGGUGGGUGGCUAGUCCUAGAACCAUACAUUACACCAUCUUUAUUCGAAACAUUUAGAACAAAUCAAUAUAAUGAUGAUGGGAUUCCAGUCGAUGAAUAUCAUUAUUGUCAACAACUAGGCUACGAUGAAGCUCAAACAAGGCUACAAAAGCAUUGGUCCACUUUCUACACGGAAUCCGAUUUCUCAGAUAUUGCUCAAAAGGGUUUCAAUUUGGUGAGAAUCCCCAUUGGUUAUUGGGCUUUUGACACUUUAUCUGAUGAUCCAUACGUUACUGGACAACAAGAAGCUUAUUUGGAUCAAGCCAUUCAAUGGGCUUCCAAGUAUGGUUUGAAAGUUUGGGUGGAUUUGCACGGUGCUGCUGGUUCACAAAAUGGGUUUGACAAUUCUGGUUUGAGAGAUCAAGUGGAUAUGUUAAACGACGAUAAUUUACAAGUUACUUUGAAAGUUAUUAAAUACUUAUUGAAAAAAUAUUCUCAAGACGAAUUCUUGGAAACUGUCAUUGGAGUGGAAUUGAUUAAUGAACCAUUGGGUCCAUCCAUGGAUGUUAACAAAUUAAAAUCUGAUUAUUUGAAGCCUGCUUACGAUUAUUUAAGAAAUGAAAUUCAAGGAAAUCAAGAUAUUAUUAUUCACGAUGCCUUUGAACCAUUCAACUUCUGGGAUGACUUCUUGAACGUUCAAGACGGCGACUACGGUGUUCUAUUGGAUCAUCAUCAUUAUCAAGUUUUCUCCUCGGGUGAAUUGGAAAUGAAUAUUGAACAGCGUAUUCAAACUGCAUGUUCUUGGGGAUACGGUGCCCUAGGUGAAGCUCACUGGACUGUUACUGGUGAAUUUUCAGGUGCUAUGACAGAUUGUGCCAAAUGGUUAAAUGGCGUUGGUAUUGGCGCACGUUAUGAUGGCUCUUUCCAAAAGGCAGGUGUAGGUUCUUAUUACAUCGGUUCAUGCGCUAACAAUGAAGAUAUCACAACGUGGUCUCAAGACAGAAAGGUCAACACAAGAAAAUACUUAGAGGCUCAAUUAGAUGCAUUUGAAAUGAGAGGUGGGUGGAUUAUUUGGUGUUACAAAGCGGAAACUUCAUUAGAAUGGAGUGUCUCCAACUUAAUAGACAACGGGUUAUUCCCACAACCUCUAACCGAUAGACAAUAUCCAGGCCAAUGUGCCAGCAAUUAA